AUGAUUAUCCAAACACAAACUGGUGAAGCAAUCUGCCUGCCAGGCUGCGAUGAAGAGCACGGCUUCUGUGAGAAACCCGGAGAGUGCAAGUGCAGAGUGGGAUUCAAAGGCCGCUACUGCGACGAGUGCAUCCGCUAUCCGGGCUGCCUCCAUGGGACCUGCCAGCAGCCGUGGCAGUGCAACUGUCAGGAGGGCUGGGGGGGGCUCUUCUGCAACCAAGAUCUCAACUACUGCACCCACCACAGGCCGUGCAUGAAUGGAGCCACUUGUAGCAACACGGGUCAGGGAAGCUACACCUGUUCCUGCAGACCGGGCUUCACUGGGUCCAGCUGUGAGAUGCAGGUCAACGAAUGUGCCGGGAACCCCUGUCGCAACGGAGGAAGCUGUGCCGAUUUGGAAAACAUGUAUACCUGCACCUGCCCUCACGGUUUUUAUGGGAAAAACUGCGAGCUGAGUGCCAUGACGUGUGCCGACGGGCCGUGCUCCAACGACGGCCGCUGUGCCGACAACCCCGACGGAGGAUACUUCUGCCAGUGCCCCACAGGGUACGCCGGGUUCACCUGCGAGAAGAAGAUCGACCACUGCUCCUCCACGCCCUGCUCCAACGGUGUAGGUCACACCCUCAAAUAG